AUGGCUCACAAAGCGCCUUUGGUAGUUCCUGCGCUCAAGCGACACACGGCCACUGUUAUCGUGGCGCAUGGGCUGGGUGACAGCGGGGCUGGCUGGAUAUUCCUCGCAGAGAACUGGCGCAGACGUAGCAAGUUCGAGGAAGUCUCCUUCAUCUUUCCCAAUGCGCCCAAUAUCCCGAUCACACUGAACAUGGGCAUGAGCAUGCCAGGAUGGUACGACAUCAAGUCGCUCAGCACGCUCGACGACCGCGACGAAGACGAAAAGGGCAUCGUCGAGUCCCAGAAAUACUUCCACUCCCUGAUCGACCAAGAGGUCGCAAAGGGCAUACCCGCCAACCGCGUAGUCGUUGGAGGCUUCUCGCAAGGAGGCGCCAUGUCGCUGCUGUCUGGUGUGACAUACAAGGAACAGCUCGGAGGUAUCUUCGGCUUGAGCUGCUACCUCCUGCUGCAGAAGAAGAUCAAGGACAUGAUUCCGACCGAGAACCCCAACCAGAAGACGCCUAUCUUCAUGGGUCACGGCGACGCGGAUCAAGUGGUUGCGCACAAGUGGGGCAAGUUGAGCGCAGAGGAGCUCGAGAAGCACGGAUUCAAGGUCGACUUUAGGACUUACAAGAACUUGGUGCACUCCGCCGACCCAGACGAGAUCGAUCACCUCGAGUCCUACCUCAACCAGCAAAUACCUGCUCUAGGCGACAAGUCAGAACUUUGA